AUGGACACUCUUGUCGCCCAAUACACACAGUCACCCUUCGCGAAUGAAGGCUACACCUCCGAAGAGCAAGAUGACUACUCCUCAUCUCUGCCUCCGCUAUCGCUGAAGUUCGCCCUUCCACCCGUAUCUCGACCCUCUGCCUUCCUUCGCGCAGCAACAGAUGACUAUUCAAACCCCAAUUGUCCCAUCAAGCUAGCACACGGUACUACAACUCUGGCAUUCAGAUUCAAGGGAGGCAUCAUUGUCGCAACCGAUUCCAGAGCCACAGCCGGAAACUGGAUCGCAUCUCAGACAGUCAAGAAGGUCAUUGAGAUCAACCCUAUGUUGCUCGGGACUAUGGCCGGAGGUGCCGCAGACUGUCAGUACUGGUUGGCUUAUCUCGGUGUCCAAUGCCGCCUUCACGAACUCCGACAAAAACAACGAAUUUCUGUUGCAGCUGCCUCCAAAAUUCUAGCCAACUUGGUUUAUUCGUACAAGGGAAUGGGCUUGUCGAUGGGUACCAUGAUCACGGGUGUUACGCCAUCCGAAGGACCUGCACUUUACUACAUCGAUUCCGACGGAACACGUCUAUCAGGAAACCUCUUCUGUGUCGGCUCUGGUCAGACAUUUGCCUAUGGUGUGCUCGAUGCACAGUACAAAUACGAUUUGGAGGACGAUGAAGCAUUGGAAUUGGGACGAAGAAGUAUUCUGGCAGCCACUCACCGAGACGCUUACUCCGGAGGUUACAUCAAUCUGUACCACGUCAAGGAAGACGGUUGGGUGAAACACGGUUUCUUUGAUACCAACCCCAUCUUCUGGAACACCAAACUUGAAAAGGGCGAGUUCUCCAACGUGACCAGUGAUUUAUCGUGA